AAAGUGUUUCUUCUUUUGUCUUUUCUUGUCCUCCUACACGAUUGUCCUGGUCCCUUUACAUCUUUUUGCGAAGUAGUUUGCGACCGCAACAAACAAUUUAUUAAUAAAUAUUCAAAAUUUUAAGGACUUUACAAUAAAGCGGAUUUUGUUUUUGUUUAUAUAAAGUACUUAAUGUAAAGGCAUCAAAACUUGACAGUGCACCAAUGGUUGACAUUUCCAAGAUAUGUUCUUGGGGGAAAAAUCUUGAGGUGCUAACGCCUACAGUCACCAUCAGAGGGCCUCGACAGGAUGACGUCAGCACUUCAACAGAUUCCUGCGUUUUUUCGACCUGCCACGAGACAGUUCAGGUGUGUACGACAAGAGCUCUACUACUCGACUAUUCGACUAGACAAAGGAUUGUAGCGCCGAACGACCGUUGACUACAUUGGUUGAGCCGAACAUUAGAACUUAUCGAAUUCAUGAAUUUCGCUUGGAGAACAGAAAUAUUUUACCAGGUACGUGACAAAAUGAGCGAACCUGUGGCCGUCAAGCUGCUGCCAUUUUGGUCUGAGAACCCAGCACUUUGGUUCGCCCAGUUGGAGAGCCAAUUCGUCCUCGCCAAUAUAUCCCAUGACAAAACGAAAUAUAGCCACGUAGUCGCGAGUUUAUCGGAAUGUAUAGCUACUGAAGUUCAGGACAUUUUGGCCACUCCUCCGAAUACCGACAAGUACAAAGCAAUUAAAUGGGCACUGAUCGACCGCAUGUCCCAGUCCGAAGCCCAACGUCUUGAAAAGCUUCUACGUACUGAAGAGCUUGGCGACCGCAUGCCAUCGCAAUUCCUUCGAAGCUUAAGAACUCUCACAGGUCAUAUGGUUACAGAGGACCUACUCAGAAGUAUUUGGUUGUCCUGUUUUCCCACAGAUAUACAGAAGAUACUUAUUCAUCACGGAUUGUACGUCCAAAGUUUCAUUCUUAAUUGACACUGGCACCGAUGUCUCCGUUUAUCCAGCUUCAAGCCUUCCAAAACGCUGUGUAGAAGACUAUCAACUCUUCGCAGUGAACAGCACAGCAAUCAAGACAUACGGCUACGCAACAAUCACGCCAGACUUCUCUCUUCGACGAAACUUUACAUGGCAAUUCAUUGUAGCCGACGUCACACAACCAUUGAUUGGUGCUGAUUUUUUUAUCUCAUUAUGGACUUCUCCCAGACCUUGCAGAAAACGUCUCAUCGACUCGACAACGAAACUGGUCAGCCAAGGACAUAUCUCAGUGUCACUACACUGUCAGUACAAACUAUUGCCGGCAAUUCUUCUUAUCACCGACUAUUGAGCGAGUUUCCUGAGAUAACGCGUCCAUCUCCAACCAUUGCACCCGUCCGACACUCCACCGUCCAUCAUAUUAUCACGACGCCUGGACAACCAGUGCACUGUAAACCCCGGUGACUUGCGCCGGACAAAUACAUUCUGGCUAAGCGAGAGUUUGAAUUCAUGCUCGCUCAAGGGAUCUGCCGACCGUCCACCAGCAGCUGGUCAUUGCCAUUACACCUCGUUUCAAAGAAGAACGACCAGUGGCGACCCUGCGUUGAGUGACUACCGUCUACUCAACGCAUGAACUGUACCCGACCGUUAUCCUGUUCCUCACAUAGAGGAUUUCGCAUCCACUCUUCACGGUUGUGGGUACUUCUCAACCGUCGACCUUGUCCGUGCUUUCCAUCACAUCCCUAUAGUUCCAGAGGAUAUCCCUAAGAUGGCCGUCACCACACACCGUUUGGACUA